AUGGAUAAACCAAUUCAUAGCGCAGAAUUGAAACUUGUUCUCUUAGGAGAAUCAUCUGUUGGUAAGUCGGCGUUGGUUACACGUUUCACAACCGGAGCGUUUCACAAAAACAAUGCUACAAUUGGAGCCGCGUUCACUACCAAGGUCGUUUCCUGGGAGACUAACGAGGCUAUCAAGCAAGUGAAGUUCGAAAUUUGGGAUACAGCAGGCCAGGAGCGCUAUAGGUCAUUAACACCUAUGUACUAUCGGAAAACGGACGUGGCUUUUGUUGUGUUUGAUGUUACGGACGACGCAACAUUUUCCAAGGCCGGUUCUUGGAUAGAUGAGCUCAAAGGCUACAUGCAAAGUGAAGACGCCCAUGAUAUAAUAAUCAAGCUAGUUGGAAAUAAAACUGACUUGCUAGACCACGUACCCGAUACAACAUUAGAAUGGACACCCGUAAGCGCCAAAACAGGCGAAGGCGUCGCAAACCUCUUCGAGUCCGUGGCUCGAGAAGUACCGUCUUCGAAAUUUACUAUCCCAAACGAAGAACCCCGGCAAAGCAAUGUUAUAAAUGUGGCACCUAGCAGUGAGUCCCCGAAAGGCGCGAAAGCAUGCAACUGUUGA